AUGGCGACGCUGACGCCGCAGCUCGCGAAGAACGGCGGCGCGCUCGGAGGCGUGAAGAUGACGCUCGCGUGGGGGAAGCGAAGCAUCAUCGCGAAGUACGAGGAAGAGGUCGCGGAGCGGAAGCGAAAGGAGGCGGCGCGAAGGGAACGGAAGGAGAGGAGGAAGCGGCGACGGAGCGGCGGGGGCGGGAGCCGCGAGCGGCGGCGGACACGGCGGCGGAGUCGGAGUCGAAGUCGGCGCCGCAGCCGCAGCCGCAGCCGGAGCCGCACUCGGAGCCGGAGCCGCGGCCGGAGCCGGAGCCGCAGCCGCGGCCGGAGCCGGAGCCGCAGCCGCGGCGGGGAGCGCGACGGGGGGAAGGACGGCGACGGCGACGGCGGCGGCGACGGCGGCGGCGGAAGGCGUCGGAGUCGCAGCCGGAGCGAGUCGCGGUCGCGCGGAAGGAGCCGACGGAAACGGAAGUCGAAGCGUCGUCGCGAGAAGCGUCGAAAGCGUCGUCGUCGUCGGCGUUCGCGGUCGUCGUCGUCGUCGUCGUCGUCGAGCGGAUCCUCGGAGUCGUCGUCGAGCGGAUCCUCGGAGUCGUCUUCGCGGCGGCGGAGGAAGAAGAGACGGCGGCGGCGGUCGAGGUCGCGGUCGCGCGAACGGAAGCGCGAGAAGAGCGACGAGAAGGCGCGGUCGCGGUCGCGGUCGCGGUCGCGCGAACGGAAGCGCGAGAAGAGCGACGAGAAGGCGGAGGACGCGGCGGCGGCGAGACCAGACGAGUGA